GAGGCAUUUUUUUUCUCCUGGAAGAGAGGUUCUGAUUGGCCCCAAAAGACUGACAAUCUGGUGUAACGAAAAUUUCCAAUGUAAACUCAUUUUCCCUUGGUUUCAGCAACUUUAAAUCUAUAUAUAGAGAUAUCUUUGUCAGAAUUGCAUUGUUAGCUUCUCCUGGUAAACUAAUUGUCUCACAUUGCCACUGCAAAUAGAGAUCUAUUAAUGGGUCUCACCUCUCAACUGAUUCCAACUCUGUUGUGCCUACUAGUAUGUACCAGCAACUUCAUCCACGGCCAAACAUGUGGUAAUAUCUUAAGAGAGAUCAUCAAAACUUUGAACUUCCUCACAGAGAAAAAGCAUGCGUGCACCGAGUUGACUGUAGCAGACGCCUUUGCUGCCCCGAAGAACACAACCGAGAAAGAAACCUUCUGCAGAGCUACUACUGUGCUUUGGCAGGUCUCUAAACGCCACGAAUGCUUUACCAAAUACCUGAGAGGACUCAGUAGAAGCCUCAGCAGCAUGACAAACCUGGAUUACUGUCCUGUGAAUGAAGACAGGACGACUACAUUGAAAGACUUCUUGGAAAGGCUAAAGACGAUCAUGAAGGAGAAAUAUUCAAAGUGUGGAAGAUGAAUAUUUUAAUUUAUGAAUUUUAAUAGCUUUAUUUUUUUAAUAUUUAUAUAUUUAUAACUCAUCAUAAAAUAAAGUAUAUGUAGAAUUACGAUGGUGUCACAUCACUUUGAUGGCAUUCGUUAUAUUUACUUGACAAAUGAAGUUAUGGUUUGUAGUUUUUGGAGAAACCAAUUUAAUUUACUGACAGAUUACAAUUGGUGAGGGCUUCUGGGGAGCAAAAAAGGAGAGCCCAAUUCCCUCUUGAGAAGCCCUCUCUCUAAUUAAGGACACAAUGCAUGAAAUGAUUAAAUAACAUAAGGUCGCAUGUGAUGUAAACAGUAAGUAAGAGAACUUGCAGAAUGGGUCCAUAAGUCCUGCCGACUACCAUGUAUUUCUAAAGCCAAAAGGUUAUCUAAUGGGUACUUAGAACACUCUUCUGCAAUGGCACAAGGGCUGUUACACUGAGUCUGUAGAAAACAAAUGUAAUCCUAGUACAUUAUGUAGCUCUUUGGUGAACAAUAUUUGCAGUCAUUAUAUAAUAAUGUAAAACCUGUUGAUUCUCAAGUUCUAAGACAAAGACAGAAACCAAAAGACAAACCAUAAAGGACUAAUUAUAGCUAUGGAGCCUAAGUGGCACAGUGACUAAAGCGCUCAGCUGCGAACCAAAAGAUCGGUGGCUCAAACCCACCAGCCGCUCCGCAGAAGAAAGAUGAGGCAGUCUACUUCCGUAAAGAUUACAGCCUUGGAAACCCCAUGGGGCAGUUCUACUCUAUCCUAUAGGGUCACUAUGAGUCGGAU